AUGUCGCACCCCUGGGCCGCCGCGCGGGACCCCGCCGAGCUGGCGCUCCUGGACGGCAGCGACCCCCGCGCCUGGCUGCCCGCGCUGCACGGCCUGUGCCCGGCGCGCGCCCCCCGGUGCCCGCUGCCCGGCGCCGAGCCCGACCCUCCGGACGGGCCCCCGGCCCGGGGCGCCCCGGACGCGCGCGGGCGGCCGCCGCCGUGUCCGCGCCGCGCGGCGGGCCCGGGGGGCGCGGGGCCCCCGGCGAGCGGGGUGCAGAAGCAGCGGCGGCUGGCGGCCAACGCGCGCGAGCGGCGCCGCAUGCACGGGCUCAACCACGCCUUCGACCAGCUGCGCAACGUCAUCCCGUCCUUCAACAACGACAAGAAGCUCUCCAAGUACGAGACGCUGCAGAUGGCGCAGAUCUACAUCAACGCGCUGUCCGAGCUGCUGCAGGCGCCCGCCGGGGACCCCGCGCCGCCCGCGCCGCCGCCCGCGCUGCCCCCCGCGCUGCCGCCCGCGCCGCCCGCGCCCGGCGACCCCCGCGCCCCGCGCGCCCCGGGCCCCGCGCCCGCGCCCGGCGCCGGCCGGACUCGCCUGGCCGCGGGCGCCCCGGCUGGGGGCGGCGGCUACGCGGGCCCGCUGGGCGCCCUGCACCUGGCGGCCUUCGACGGCGGCGCCCUGGCGGCCGUGGUGGCGCAGAAGGGCCUGGCCGGCCCCGCGCUGCUGCCCCCCGCGCCCGACGACGGCAGCAAGACGUCCCCGCGCUCGCACCGCAGCGACGGCGAGUUCUCCCCGCGCUCCCACUACAGCGACUCGGACGAGGCCACUUAG